AUGCGUGGGCGAUCGUACACUGACCAUGAAAACAGGGGAUAUUAUGAUCUAGAGAGAUCUCUUCCGAGAUGCAGGCAGAUGUGA